GGCCGCGGCUUCCUCGGCGUCACGGGCGGCGUCCUCCGGCGGCGCCGUGGGCGCGGUGCUCGUGACCUCGUGCGACGCAGCAUGCUGGUCCUGCACCUAUAAGCAGGGAGAUCAAAGAUCCCCAUGGAUUAUACCUUUGGCUGUGAAAGAUGCGUUUGACAUAAUACAAGAGACCCUGAAUCGGGAGUUUCUUCUUCGUGUAUCAUACUUGGAAACUUAUAACGAGAUAAAAUGGGGAGGUUUGCUCAUCAGGCUUUUCAAAAAGCAUGCGGAGAGACUUUCAUUUGAUGUGCAAUGGAGGCCACUUUACAAGACAUUGAUACAGACCCAUUUCAAGAAAAACAUGGGCCCUGAGGGCUGGAAAGUAAGACAGCAACACUUCGAGACCAUCACCAGCUUAGUACGUGCCUCUAGGACUUUCUUUCCUGAAGGUGCAGCUACUGAGAUUUGGUUGAAAUUCAGUACGAAUGUAUGUUACCUGCAAGCUAUGUGCACAAGUUCUGCAGCCUUUUCACGCAUCUCUGAGCUGCCAAUGGUGCUACCAGAAGAUCCUGCAAUAAAGAAACUGGGCACUGCUACCUGGACCUCCCAUCUUUAUAUGAUGGACGCAGUUCAGGUCAGCACUGUCAUGGAGUCGGCCGAGAUCUCCCACUGUGUAGCUUGGAUGGAAUCUCCAGCAGAUCUUGAAUUGUGUGUGCUUGAGCUCUCUCUGCAUUUGUUGCUUAGGUUCUUGGAUUGCAGAUUCAUGGAUCGAUUUGAGCCGGUGAGCCACUUGCACUUCUUGAAUGGAGAUGGCUAUUGUUGCACUGCGCAUGUGGAUACAAAGGAAAGAAGUUCAGCCAGGUUACUGCAAAUUGGGUUUAAGAGAUGUCUACAUCUAGGAUCUAGCUGGGCUCCAACAAAAGAGAUUCUUUGUUGUCCUCCUAGGAUAAGCCGCAAGAAAGUGAGUGGGGCAAAACUGUCGCCAUUAUCGAUAUACUCUUCCAGCCUACGAUGCCCGCUGUAACUCCCAUGGGUGGCCUUUCCGCCAUCAUCAGUCCUUCAACUUGUCAAGAUGAAAAGCAGCAUGAAUCCAAGAAGGAACUAAUUAAUUUUUUCCAAGACUUCUUUGUUUUUUAAUCUUUGCUCCAAGUUUGUAUAUCCACCAUGUUCACUUGUAUCAUCCAAGAAAAUUAGACAUUCUGAAAUCUUCAUCGGAUGUUUGAUUCCAUUUUUAUUAUAAAAUAGACUAAAUAGGCUAUGGCAUUAUCUUCUCUAUGAAGAAGUUGUUCAUCCAGUCGAUUGUCCUUUAUCUCUAACAUGUACCUAUACAAUUGUGAUUUUUACUUGGUGUGCUCGAACUUCA